AUGGCCGCCAGCUCCUCUCUCGACCAUCUGAGCAACCGUAUGAAGCUGGAGUGGCACUCCAAGCUCAACACGGAGAUGGUCCCCUCCAAGAACUUCCGCCGCACCUCCAUCAUCGGAACCAUCGGUCCCAAGACCAACUCCGCCGAGAAGAUCAACAUGCUCCGCAGAGCUGGUCUUAACGUUGUUCGCAUGAACUUCUCCCACGGUUCUUACGAGUACCACCAAUCCGUUAUCGACAACGCCCGCGAGGCUGCUCGCACCCAGGAGGGCCGGCCUCUGGCUAUUGCUCUCGAUACCAAAGGACCUGAGAUCCGUACCGGAAACACCGUCGGCGACGCCGAUAUCCCCAUCAAGGCUGGCCACGAGCUGAACAUCACCACUGAUGAGCAAUAUGCCACUGCCAGUGAUGACAAGAACAUGUACCUUGACUACAAGAACAUCACCAAGGUGAUUGCUCCCGGCAAGCUCAUCUACGUCGAUGACGGUAUCCUGUCUUUCGAGGUUCUGGAGGUCGUCGACGACAAGACCCUGCGCGUCAAGUGCUUGAACAACGGCAACAUCUCCUCCCGCAAGGGUGUCAACUUGCCCGGCACUGAUGUCGACCUUCCCGCUCUGUCCGAGAAGGAUAUUGCCGACUUGAAGUUCGGUGUCAAGAACGACGUCGACAUGGUCUUCGCUUCCUUCAUCCGCCGCGGCAGCGACAUCCGUCAGAUCCGUGAGGUCCUCGGCGAGGAGGGCAAGGAGAUCCAGAUCAUUGCCAAGAUUGAGAACCAGCAGGGUGUCAACAACUUCGACGAGAUUCUCGAGGAGACCGACGGUGUCAUGGUUGCCCGUGGUGACCUUGGUAUCGAGAUCCCUGCCCCCAAGGUGUUCAUCGCCCAAAAGAUGAUGAUCGCCAAGUGUAACAUCAAGGGUAAGCCCGUCAUCUGCGCUACCCAGAUGCUCGAGUCCAUGACCUACAACCCCCGCCCCACUCGUGCUGAGGUGUCUGAUGUUGCCAACGCCGUUCUCGACGGUGCCGACUGUGUCAUGUUGUCUGGUGAGACCGCCAAGGGUUCCUACCCCGCUGAGGCCGUCAAGAUGAUGUCCGAGACCUGCUUGCUCGCCGAAGUUGCCAUCCCCCACUUCAACGUCUUCGAUGAGCUCCGUAACCUUGCUCCCCGCCCCACCGACACUGUCGAGUCCAUCGCCAUGGCCGCCGUCAGCGCCAGUCUGGAACUUAACGCUGGUGCCAUCGUGGUCCUGACCACCAGCGGCCAAACCGCUCGUUAUGUCUCCAAGUACCGCCCUGUCUGCCCCAUCAUCAUGGUCUCCCGCAACGCCAAGGCCUCCCGGUACUCCCACCUGUACCGUGGUGUCUGGCCCUUCCUCUUCCCCGAGAAGAAGCCCGACUUCAACGUCAAGAUCUGGCAGGAGGAUGUUGACCGCCGUCUCAAGUGGGGUAUCAACCACGGUCUCAAGCUCGGCAUCAUCAACAAGGGCGACAACAUCGUCUGUGUCCAGGGCUGGCGCGGUGGCCAGGGCCACACCAACACCGUCCGUGUGGUCCCUGCUGAGGAGAACCUCGGCCUGUCUGAGUAA